AGAAAUGGGCUGAGAAGAUAUUUUAUUGCCCUGAAACAACCUUUGAUGGCUCAAUCGUCACAACCAUGAUGGCCCAACUUUGUUUCGAAAAUGGCCCAUAAUUCGUGUAGAUGGCCCAUUAAGGGGUUUAAAAUUGGCCCAUUUUCAUCCUGUAAUUGGCCCAUUCAUGUCAAUGUUUAAAUUGGUGUAUCAGCUUUUGCAGAAAAAGGGCUGGGACUACCAAGUGGUCAAUAAAGGUGAGGCUCAGAGGAACCAGUUACUCAGUUCUCCAAGAAAAGGGUGAAGUCAACACUGAAGAUUCCUCCUGCACUUCCUGCUUGUUAAAUCAGCUUUUUCAUUUCUGAAGAAUGUCUUCCAAGCGUGACAAGGACCGUCGCAUCAUUUCCUGUCUGCAGUGUUUCAGGCCCCAGGAGAUGCUGCCUAACCACCUGUUGAGGGUCUGCAUGAAGGACCAGACUAAUGAGGAGAGGAAUGCAGAGGUGGACAGAGCCAAAAAGUCCAUGAAGGCCUGGACCCUCCGAGGCAGAACCUGGGACUACAACGUCAUGGUCAAGCGGUACCCUGAUGAGGCUUCCAGACGGGCUCUUCUGGAAGACCUUCGUGAGAGGCAUUUUUUAAUCCUAAAUGACCCCAUGGAGGCACAGACUGAAUCCAAUCACAGGACACCAGGUGCUGCAGUGAAAACACACAACAAAAAGACUGCUCAGCCGACGCUCCAAGACUGCCAGAGAGUCCUUAGAGUGUCACAGGCGGACAUGCUGGACAUCCACGGGAAGCUCCUGGAUCAGCAGCAUGUGGAAGAAGACCAAAGGACGCUGUUCCGGUACUUCUGCGAAGCCAUCCUGGUCCUGAGAUACUUCCAGCGACCAGAUGCAGUGAGGGCAUUUAAAGCUUCAGACUGGCUCAACAAGAGAAGUGUUGAUGGACGAAUUCACAUCAAGGUGCAAUCCGCAAAGCAGAGUACAUCAUUUUCCCUCACAGAGGAGGACUCUGAUAUGCUGGACGCAUACUUCCAGAAGAUUCGUCCAGGAUGUCUGCAGGACAGCGCAGAGGACCAGGGCAGAUUUUUCCUGACCAAACAAGGUCUGCCAGUUGUCAACGUCACGAGUGACCUCAGGCGUCUGCAUGAACAGUACGAUUUACCCAGCUUUUCAAGCCAGCAAGUCAAAAGAGCCCGAAGUACUAUGCCAUGCUCUUCUUCCGAUGAGCCGUCCGAUGAGAGGAGAGUUCGGAAACAGAAGAGGGGCAGAGGCGCAGCUGACCAGUAUGACAGGGACUUUGGUGCGUUUCUCCUGAAGUUUCCAGUGACGACGAGUAGCAGCCCGCCCACAAAAAAGAAGCGGACCGCUGCAGGGUUUCCAUCUGACAAAGUGUUUUAUGCCAGGUGGAGGUCUAUGCAGUUUGCCAAGCGGGAGGAGUACCUCUCGUCCCAGUGUUCAAGACGGCCCCCGACUGUCAGCAAGGUGUCACUGCUGAUCGAAAAAGAGGGUUGGACUGGCAACUGUCCUCGCCCCGAGGACAUAGUGGCAAAGUGGAGACCCAUCACUGAGGUGCAGGUGGAGUCAGAUCCAUGUAUCAUCACUGCGAUCCAGAAUCAAAAGUGGACAGGCCUGGCCCUCAAGGACUUUGGCUCAAAAGGACAAGGAGUUGUUGCCACCAAAGACUUUGCCAUGGGCUCCAUCGUUUGUGAUUACCAUGGCAAGGUAAUCACAGGAGCAGAGGGUCUGAAGUUGGCCGAGUCCAUCAAGGAUGAUGCGGCCUAUCUUUUCUUUUUCCAGGCGGCAGGUCGGGACCUCUGUGUGGACGCUGAGACUUUCCCUUGCGAGUGUCACCCAAAAGAAAACACCAUGGGCCGGAUGAUCAAUCAUUCCUCCAAGAGAGCUAACCUAAGGUCAGUCCACUGCAUGAUGAACUUCCCUGAAGGAAAAAAGGAUGUCAUCCUGUUCCAGGCCAAAAGAGACAUUAAUUUAUGCGAGGAGCUGCUGUUUGAUUAUACGGCGUCAAGUGCAAAUCUUUUCAAAGAGAAGCAUUGAUCCUCGACUGGCUGAAUGAGUGAACACAUGAGGCCAUACAUUCACCAGUCCACUCCAUCAC